GGGUGCUGGGAUUAAGGUGAGUGAUUGCUGGAUCAGUCCCCUGGUUGGAUUAGCAUGGCCCUAAUCUUGGUGGACUGGAUACAAUGUAAGAGACAGAAAGAGGCUUUUCUCAUUUCUCUCUCGAUUGCAUGCUUUUGCUGUCUUCUGCCUGCCAGGGACUGUUUCUCUUCUGUGAUGCCCUCCCCUGCCACACUACCCUGCCCUGGAGCAAGCGACUAUGGACUGAACCUCUAUGAACCGCAAAUGUCAAAGCAGUGGGAGGUUCCCAGGGUAACUCAGGCAGCAGCUUCUUCAGAGAGACCCUCAGGCUCUCAGCGAGAAAUAGGAACCAGGGCCCUAUCAGCAAAUGCUGAAGAUUUCCUGGCUGAAGGCUUGCGGAAUGAGGACCUCAGCGCUGAUGCGUGGAACCACAGGACCCAUAUUCUCCGCGGCUUCCAGCAAAUCAGAACCAGGUACUACUGGGAUACCCCGCCUCCAGGAGAUCGCGGACAAGACAGUUCCGAUGACAAUCUCAGCGGCACUCACGGCCCGCCUCUCACAUCAGACGCCCCCUCGCUGGCAGACUACCAAGAUGAGGGCGCAGACGGCCUCCUGCGGGGCGCCCAGGAGCUGGACAGCGUGCUCAAGCAGGGGUACCUGGAGAAGAAGAGCAAAGAUCACAGCUUCUUCGGGCCGGAGUGGCAGAAGCGCUGGUGCGUGCUCAGCCGGGGCCUCUUCCUGUACUUCGCCAACGAGAAGAGCAAGCAGCCGAAAGGGACCUUCGCCAUGAAGGGCUACAGUGUCAGGAUGGCCCCCCACCUGCGCAGGGACUCCAGGAAGGAGAGCUGCUUUGAGCUGACCUCCGAGGACAGGCGCAGCUACGAGUUUACAGCUGCUAGUCCAGCGGAAGCCAGAGAUUGGGUGGAUCAGAUUAGCUUCCUGUUAAAGGAUCUGAGCUCUUCAACCAUCCCGUACGAAGAAGAGGAGGAAGAAGAGGAGGAGGAAGCGGAAGGGGAAGAGACAUACGAUGAUAUUGAUGGUUUUGAGUCUGCAAAUUCUGCUCCCCAGGGAAGACCCGUUAUCUUGCCUGGGAGCCUGAGGACCGCGGGGUCUACAGAGGAGAAGGAAGAGGAUAUCUACGAAGUCCUCCCAGAUGAAGAGGUUGGCCUAGAAGAGGACGCACGUGGGACCCCGCGAAAAGGAGUGGAUUAUGCCAGUUAUUACCAAGGCCUGUGGGAUUGCCAUGGCAACCAGCCGGAUGAACUGUCCUUCCAACGCGGGGACCUCAUCCGCGUUCUGAGUAAGGAAUACAACAUGUAUGGCUGGUGGGUCGGAGAGCUGAACAGCCUGGUCGGGAUCGUGCCCAAGGAGUAUCUCACCGCUGCCUUCGAUGUGGAGGAUCGAUGAGGCCCAGGACGCGUUCCUCUUCCCUGCCCUGUGGAGAUGCCGAUCAAGAGCUUGGUCCCCUGCUCGCGGCCUGACCCCUCCUCUCUCCUACACCCACUCCUAGCUGCCCCGAGACUGCGCACUGCACCGUGAGACAAGAGGGAAGAGACGCGGCCCCGCACCCACCCCUCCGCCACGCCCGCACC